AUGCCGACGUCAAAGACCUUGUCCUCCUACAACAAAAAGGCCAUCAACGGAGCAAUACCUUUGCUCUUGGAGGCUCAAAACUGGGAUGUCGUUGGAUACAGGGGACUCAGGAGGAUGGUUGGCUGCAAGCAUCUCAAGGCGACCAAGAAGGUCAAGGACACUGCACCCAACCACAAGCAAGCAGGCGGUGCAGAUUGCCUCCACCUUGCCCAAGAGCUUGGUCAUUGGUGCACGUUGAGUCCCGCCACCAGCGCUCCCGCCACAGCGUUGCCAUCCAUCCGGCAUCAAGAGGGCAUGUCGGCGCCAUGA